AUGCCGCAGUGGGAGCCCGUACCCUCUUCUGAGCCCCAGAGCUCAACCUGGGACGAGUCGCUGGGUAUUGGGGCAGCGAAAGAACGAAAUAGGUCGAUGGCACGGAAGUUGUCAAAUUACAGCUCAUACGCGGUGACGUUCAAGGAGCAGCUAUUAUACCAACUUGCGGGAUGGCGCACGGGGAUUGCUUUAUGUGCUCUUCUGUCUACAGGAGUGCUCGCCUUGAACCUGGUACUGGCAGUUGUGGCCUACCUCAACCUGAAACGAAAUAUCGCUGGUACUUCUGUGACCGACGGCCUUUCGACACUUUGGGCAGGUGAUUGUGGCACUGCGAAGAGUAUUUCCUUGGGUUCCCAUCUGGUCAUCAACGUGCUGUCGACAGUACUGCUGGGAGCCUCGAAUUACUGCAUGCAGAUUCUUGUGUCACCAACAAGAGACGAGAUUGACGCAGCUCAUACUAGGAAGAAGUGGCUCAGAAUUGCAGUCCCAAACUUCCAGAACCUUGUCCACAUUGACUGGAGAAGAGCGGUGAUCUGUGCUGUGCUUGCCAUUACGUCUAUUCCACUGCACCUUUUGUGGAACUCCGCAGUCGUUCAGACCGUCAGCUCAAACGACUUCUUCGUCGGCGGCGUUACCAGAGACUUCUUAAACGGGGCAAACGCUACGGCGGACGAAGCACAGUUGGUGGAUCAAUGGUUCAACGGGGACGUCGAGGAUUUCAAGAACAUCUGGUUUCCAGCCGUUCGAAACUCAAGUGUCAAACAUCUCACACCGUCAGAGUGUAUUGAUGCUUAUGGUGUACCUAUGGUCCAAGGAUAUCUCAAUGUUGCCCUGGUUUUCGAUGUGAACAACUCUACAAAUAGCUUGCUCUUCGCAGCCACACACCAGACAGGCUCCGACGACGAAGACCGAGGUUUGGGGGAUACUUGGGUCUGUGGCUUGCCAGCCCCGACCUCACCCAAAUGCGAAUACAAAGACCUCGCCAAAGAAAAUGGGACUUAUUGGACUCCAUUAUCGUUUGCCGCAAACUGGACAUCGAAUCCCUAUCUACACGACCUUGCUAGGGGCAACAUCUCCGUUGAGUCAUGCCUAGCGCAGACUGUUGAGUCUCGUUGCCGUAUCGGGACCACGCCCACCAUUUUAUAUGCAAUUGUUGUCGCCAACGCAGCAAAGCUACUUUGCUUCAUUUGUACGUGGCUGCUUGUCUCGCAUCGACCCAGGCAUGAGGGGGAGGAACGGAUUGUUACCAGUGGAGACUUGAUCGCAAGCUAUCUACGCCAACCGGACACAAGAUUUGCUGGAAGAUGUCUGGCUUCCGCCCGUCUGGUUCGAGACUCCAAUCAGAGCAACCAUGACGAUUCGAAUGCUACUUUCUGGGAUUCGGACAGGCCGAUGCCACUCCCGUGGCUGGGGGGCCGGACCCAAAGGAACCACAAGACUGUGGAUGAAGCAAAGGCGCGAGAGGCGACCCAACGCUCCUCAGCUUUCGCUUUCCUCAAAUGUGGACGUGGAAGGAGCAAAACAAAACCGCCCAAGACAGCACCACGCUGGCAUACUGGACCGUCCGGCAUGACUUGGUUGAUAUACAUUCUGCCAUCAGCUCUCUGUAUCAUUACUCUCUUUGCAUUGUACUUCGGUUUCAGUCUGCAGGACAAGCUCUUUCUUGGGUUUGGCCAAGCAUCUACUCAGACGACAGUGAGCAUAGGCCCAGGUUCUGGGCCAGGCGAAGAUCUCGGCGUGCUCAAGAGUACGCUGUUGGCGAACAUACCCCAGCUCGUUGCAACCUACGUCUAUGUGGCGUGCAACUCGGUACUUACCAGCAUGCUGGCUCACCAUGAAGUCAGCUCAUACGCCAUACGCAGGCGUGGUCUUCGCGUCAGUUUCCCGAAGCGGAAAACGGCACAGAGAGAUACGUACUUCCUCCAGGUCCCCUAUAAGCUUGCUUUACCUUUGAUGGUAACCAGCACCGCAUUGCAUUGGCUACUUUCUCAAAGUCUCUUCUUACUGCGCGUUGCGGUGUACGGCCCGGAUGACAAGGAGAUCUCUGGGCGACCUAUUGCUACUGUCGGCUACUCGUCUAGCCCGGUUCUAGCAGCGCUGGGUUUACUGGCGUUCUUUAUCGUCGGAACCAUAACGUUAAGUUGGGUGAAACGGUAUAAAGGCGCAGAACAAAUGCCUCUGGUGGCAACCUGCAGCGCGAGUCUGGCAGCGGCUACGUGUCCUGCAGCGUCUGCCUCGGACAAGCGGUUUCUCAGCGCAGAGCAAGGUGGCCAUGCCGCGGAGAAGUCUUACAGCUCCGCGCCGCUAAGCGCUUCGUAUCCCACGGACACUUCUUAUCGUUGCCCCUUUAAUGUGGCUCAAGAAGCCUCAGGAUUCGAGGAGGACAUUGCGGACAAGGCGCUGAUGUGGGGUGUCAUUCCCAGUCAAUACGGGGCCGCUGUGGAUGAUGAUACCGUGGGACACGCAACCUUUUCCGCUGGUGAGGUACACGCCUUGAAGAUUGGACGUCGUUACGCUUAA